CAGAAUGACACACAGCGACAUGAGAAGCUGCGGCGAAACUAGCUCGCUAUCUAGCAAUGUGUUUAUGGUCUAUUUUUUAGGUCAUUUAUUCCAUUUGAGAACACCCUGGAAUUAAUUGGUCUAUUUUUUGCCACGAGAGCCAGGCGCUAACUGGCCUGCUAAGAGCGGCGAAAUUGCUCGAAAUUUGAGAACAUCAGCCAAAGUUAGAAUAUGUAUAAGUCUCUGUACGCGUUCCGAUCGCCGGAGCCCAACUCUCUCCACUUCGCUGCCGGAGAAAGCUUCCUAAUCCUGGAGCGGAGUAAUCUACACUGGUGGCUUGGAUCGCGCUGCAGCUCCGGGGAAACUGGAUAUAUACCCGCAUCUUACAUCGAGAAAAUCCAGGCCCCUGAGCACGAUGAGGUUCUGCAGUCCAUCGACAGGGCCAUCGAGGGUAUCCACAACACAGCCAUGAAAAACGGAGGCAAAUACAACCUGGAGCAAAGAGAUGUAUUACAGAAGCUGAUCCACCACAGGAAAGAGACACUUUCCCGCCGGAGCCCGACUCCAGCCAAUGACAAGCAGAAGCUGCCUUCCUCCAGCAGUGACCUCUCACUGUGCCACACCCCCCAGCCCCCUAACGGACUGAGCUGUGGAUACGGGCGCCAGGCCAGCGAGCCGAGGUCAGAGACCACGGAGCCAGGAGACGAGGGCCUCUACCAGGUGCCCCUCCAGGCCCGCCGUGCGGCCCCCAUUACUCCUCCCCCGCCGGAGAAACGGCGGGGCCCCCGGCCCCCAGAGCCGGAGGGUUCUGGUGUAAUUGCCCCGGACGGCCCUGGGGGGGGCGCUCCCUCCGGUGCCGGGCGCUCCCCCUCGGCCAGCUCCGCCUCCCUGGACUCUGGCUCCUCCCACUCGGUGGUGUCCUCGGACGUCAGCCUCCCCAGUGCCGCCAGCAGCCCUCCCCCGAUCCCCAGCCGUGCCCGGGCCCCGGCCCCGCCCGCCCCCGCCCCCGCCGUGCCCUCAGACUCGCCCCAGCCCCCGGCCGAACCGGCGGCCCCCAAAAAGGGCCCCGCCCCUCAGCCCCUGCAGCCAGCGCCCUCGGAGGGCCAAUCCAAGGCGGCGGAGUCCCCCUUGGCUCCGCCCGCCGCCGCCGCCAGCCCGUCCUGCGGCCCCGCCCACUCCGCGGCCGUUCCCAUGACGACGGGGGCGGAGCUGAUAGAGCUGGUCCGUAAGAACACCAGCCUCAGCUACGAGCUGUCGCGGGUGGCGGUCGGCGUGGUCCUGGGCCAUCUGCUGAGCACUCUGCCGCAGGCUGUUCCAGCGCUGGAGCAAGUGCUCCUCUCAUUGGUGGAGAGCAAGGACCGCAGCGCGGCGCUGCCCCAGGGGCAGGUGUGUCACGAUGAGCAGAGGCUGGAGGUGAUCUUCGGGGACCUGGCCCGGCACCGGGAGGACGCGCAGCAGCGCAGCUGGGCCCUGUACGAGGACCACGCCCUCAUCGCCUGCUACCUGGAGGAGCUGCUGCAGAUCCUGACGGACGCCGACCCGGAGGUGUGCAAGCGCAUGUGCCGGGCCAACCACUCCGAGCCCGUGCUGUCUCUGGUCUCCUACUACCAGAUGGUAAGACGUCCGUCAAAGUGUCUCUUUAGCACUGAACUCUCUCCCUCUGCAGUUGACCCAGUUUGCAUGUUUAACCACGCCCCGCCCGCCCCUCACGCCGUGCUGAAGUUUCUGCAGGACCUCUUCGCCAGCGAAGACUCCGCCCAAAUCUUCUACCACACCGAUAUGAUGGUGAUGAUUGACAUCGCGGUGCGGCAGAUCUCUGACCUCUCCCCCGGGGACAAGCUGCGUAUGGAGUAUCUCUCCCUCAUGCAUGCCAUCAUCCGCACCACGGACUACGUGCAGCACCGUCAUCGCCUGGGCGACCUGCAGAGGGCGCUGCAGCGCAUCCUGGCGGAGGGAGAGGAGGGGGCGGGCAGGGGGAGGAGGAGGGGGGGGCGGCCAUGCAGAUGGACAGAUUGAUCGUGCAGCAGAUCUAUAAGGAAUUUCCUGAUAUCUGCCAGCGGCAGGACUGACACACACACCCUCAUACACUCAGUAUUUCUCUCAAACAUGCACAUACACACACUCUUUCUCUGUCUCUCUCUCUCUCGCUCUCUCUCACUGACAUGCACACACGCACACUUUCUGUUUCUCUCUCUCACUGAAGCGCACACACACACACACACACACACACACUCUUUCUCUGUCUCUGUCUCUCUCUCUCGCUCUCUCUAACUGAUACGCAAACACGCGCACUUUGGGAUUCCCACACACAACUAACGUUGACUCAUUUCUCUUAUGCACUUGUACUCCUGCACGCAUGCAGAAACACACACACACAAAUUUGGCUAAAACAAUAAGAUUGUUGCCAUGGCACGGUUGCUCUCCAUAAACGGUGUGUGUACAUAGGUGUGUGUGCAUGGCUGGAUGGAUGUGUGUGUGUGUGCGCGCGUGCAUGCGUGCUUGCUGUUCUUCCACAUUCUCCAGAUCUAAAUUCCUCUUAACCGCCACUAGUAUGUGAGUCUUGGACUAAUCGACUAAAAGUAUAUUUUCCCAGUGACUGUAUGUUUAACAGUGUGUGGCUGAAAUAAUAACAGACUGUAUUUUCUUAAAACAAAAGUGAAAUAAACAAUGCAAGUAACA